AUGGCAGAUACUCCUACUAUUAAGCCAAUUGAACUAAAUUCAUCUAGUAAUUCUACUACAAUUGAACAUAAUGAGGAUGUUUGUGCCACUCCUUCAUACAAAGACGAUGAUGAAUUCAAGAAAAAUGAAUUCGUAUUCGAACAAAGCAAUGAUACUACAUCUGGAAUAGAAAUUCCAAAGAAGCCAGCAUCUGCUUAUCUAUCUGUUUGUUUAAUGUGCUUAAUGGUUGCAUUUGGUGGUUUUAUCAAUGGUUGGGAUAUUGGUACCAUCGGUGGUUUUGUUGCACAAACUGAUUUUAUUAAGAGGUUUGGUUCUCCAGACUCAACUGGACAAGUAACCCUUUCAAAGAUGAGAACUGGUUUGUUAGUCGCCAUUUUCAAUGUUGGUUGUGCUAUUGGAUCUGUAACUUUGGGUCGUGUUGGUGAUGUAUAUGGUCGCCGUCUAGGUUUAAUUAUGGCGACUAUUAUCUUUGUUGCUGGUGUUGUAAUCCAAAUUGCUUCUACUGACAAAUGGUACCAAUACUUUAUUGGUAGAAUUAUCGCUGGUAUUGGUAUGGGUGUUAUUGCUGUUUUAUCUCCAAUGUUGAUUUCUGAAGUUUCUCCAAAGCAUUUGAGAGGUGCUAUGGUUUCAUGUUAUCAAUUGAUGAUUACUUUUGGUAUUUUCUUGGGUAACUGUUGUAAUUAUGGUACCAAGACUUACGAUAAUUCUAUCCAAUGGAGAGUUGGCUUAGGUUUGCAAUUUGCCUGGUGUUUAUUCAUGGUCGGUGCAAUGUUGUUUGUUCCUGAAUCCCCAAGAUUCUUGGUUGAAAAAGGUAAGAUUGAAGAAGCAAAGCGUUCCAUCGCCAGAUCUAACAAAGUAUCAAUUGACGACCCAUCCACUAUUGCUGAAGUAGAAAUUGUACAAGCUGCUGUUGAAGUUGAAAGAAUUGCUGGGCAAGCAGGUUGGGGAGAGUUGUUACAAACUGGAAACAAAGUUUUUCAAAGAGUCAUCAUGGGUAUUGCUGUCUUAGGUUUACAACAAUUAACUGGUGCUAAUUAUUUCUUCUACUAUGGGGCUACUAUUUUUAAAGCUGUUGGCCUAGAAGAUUCUUUCCAAACCACGAUUAUUUUUGGUAUUGUCAAUUUUGCUUCUACCUUUGUCGCUUUAUAUGUUGUCGAUAAAUUUGGGCGUCGUAUGUGUUUAUUAUGGGGUGCUGCAGCCAUGACCUGUUGUAUGGUUGUUUUUGCUAGUGUUGGUGUUACCAGUUUGUAUCCAAAUGGUAAAGAUCAACCUUCUUCAAAAUGGGCUGGUAACGUUAUGAUUGUUUUCAGUUGUUUCUUCAUAUUCUCUUUUGCUACAACCUGGGCCCCUGUCCCAUUUGUUAUUAUUUCUGAAUCAUUCCCAUUGAGAGUUAAGGCCAAAGGUAUGGCGUUAGGUACUGUUUCUAAUCAACUGUGGAAUUUCUGUAUUGGUUUUUUUACACCAUUCAUCACUAACGCUAUUGGAUUUAAUUACGGUUAUGUUUUCAUGGGUUGCUUAAUCUUUGCCUAUUUCUACGUUUUCUUCUUUGUUCCUGAAACCAAAGGUCUACAAUUGGAGGAUGUCAAUAUCAUGUGGGAAGAAGGUGUCUUACCAUGGAAAUCUAAUUCUUGGGUGCCACCAUCUAAGAGAGAUGAUGACUAUGAUGUAGACGCUUUAGCCAACGAUGACCAACCAAUGUUCAAGAAAAUGUUUGGCAGACAUUGA